AUGUGUCCUGGCCUCUCCAGCGACCUACAACAGGUCAAUGACUCAAGAAAAACAGCCAUCAUCGACCGCGAGCUCACAAGGCUGAACAUUGACAUUGCUCCGCAUCGCCGAGUGUCCUGGCGGCAUCCCAGAUCUCGCCACUGGCACCAGCUGGAUCUCGUCAUCACUCGGAGACCAUCACUGAACUGUGUUCUCACCACAUGCAGCUAUCACAGUGCUGACUGCGACACUGACCACUCCAUGGUCGGCAGUGAAAUCCGUCUCCAACCCAAACGGAUCCACCAAUCUAAGCAGGAAGGUCGUCCCCGCAUUAACACCAGCAAGACGGCAAUCCCAGACCUGUGCGAGCGCUUCACCAAUUCCAUUGAGGAUGCCCUCAAAAACUGCCCUGGUGGCAACACUGAAGAGAGGUGGAGUCACAUCCAUGAUUUCAUCUACAACUCUGCAAUGGACACCUUCGGCAAGAGAGAGAGGCAGAACCCGGAUUGGUUCGAAGCCGGCAUUGCUGAACUAGAGCCAGCAAUUGAGGCCAAGAGAGCUGCCCUCAUUAACCACAAGAGGGAGCCUUCUGUGAAGUCACUCGCUGCACUCAGGAAGGCCAGGAACGACGCCCAACGGAUCGUUCGGCGCUGCGCAAAUGACUACUGGAUCAGCCUUUGUGAGAGUAUCCAGCUCUCUGCUGACUGUGGCAAUAUUCGUGGCAUCCAGUCAGAGGACGGAGUGUACAUUCACACCAGAAGCGACGGCAGCCUCUUCAAACUUGCCCGCCUCCGAGCUAAGAUCAAAGUGAGGUAG